CAAACCUCAUCUGCGUGUUUCAAUGUCCAAGUGUUGGGAAAUAACUCAGUCCAUCGUGAGGGAACUGAAAUAAACUCUUCCGAAGAUGAUGCGAGGAUACCGACCGACUCCAGUCUCCAACUCGACCCUGUCCUUCUGCGGCACGGAGAACUCCUCCGCGUAUAAGGUGGACAAUGGCCUUCUGAACAACGGCUGCUUUCUGGACGCUCUCGGUGUGGUUCCUCAUGUGUUCCUGCUGUUCAGCACCUUCCCCAUCCUCUUCAUCGGCUGGGGCAGUCAGAGCUCGAAGGUUCACAUUCAUCACAGCACGUGGCUUCAUUUCCCCGGCCACGACUUGCGCUGGCUUUUCACCACGGUCCUGCUGUUCGUGCUGGUGUGUGAGAUCGCUGAGGGAAUCGUGUCGGACGGGUUUAAUCAGUCUCGUCAUCUUCACCUCUACAUGCCAGCCGGACUCGGGAUUCUGGCCGCCGUCACGUCCAUCAUCUAUUACCACAACAUCGAGACCUCCAACUUCCCCAAGCUGCUUAUCGCUCUGCUGAUCUACUGGACUUUGGCCUUCAUCACCAAAACCAUCAAGUUUGUGAAGUACGAUUGCCACGGCAUCGGGCCGAGACAGCUGCGGUUCUGCAUCACGGGCCUCCUGGCGCUCCUGUACGGGCUUCUGCUGGGGGUCGAGGUCAACGUGAUCCUGCGCCGGCGCUACUUGUGGUUUGCGUUUCCCACGGAGGUGAAGCCACCCGAUGAUCUUCAGGAUCUGGGAGUUCGGUUCCUCCAACCGUUCGUAAACCUGCUGUCGAAGAGCACGUACUGGUGGAUGAACACCUUCAUCACAUCGGCACACCAGCGGCCCAUCGACCUGAAGACCAUCGGCAAGCUGCCCAUCUCCAUGAGGGCGCUCACCAACUACCAGCGGCUCCGCAAGGCCUUCGACGCGCAAGCCGAGGACGGGCCCGUCCCGCUGAAGGGCUCGAGGUGGAUCUGGCGUUCCCUUCGGCUGGCGUUCGGCAGACCUCUGGUGCUCAGCAUCACCUUCCGCUUCAUGGCGGAUCUGCUGGGCUUCGCCGGGCCGCUCUGCAUCUCGGGGAUCGUUCACCACAUCAGCAGUGACAAUCACAGCGCUCUGCCUCCGGUGAAGCUGCUUGGCGUGCACUUCAUCUCCUCGGAGGCGUUCCUGGCGAAUGCGUAUGUUCUCGCUGUUCUGCUGUUUCUGGCCCUGUUGCUGCAGAGGACUUUCCUACAGGCCUCGUAUUAUGUGGCCAUUGAGACCGGGAUAAAACUCAGAGGAGCCAUUCAGACUAAGAUUUACAAUAAGAUCAUGCGCCUGUGCACUUCUAACAUGUCUAUGGGUGACAUGACCACGGCCCAGAUCUGCAGUCUCGUGGCCCGUGACACCAACCACCUCAUGUGGUUCUUCUUCCUCUGUCCCAACCUGUGGGCCAUGCCGGUUCAGAUUGUCAUUGGUGUGCUACUCCUCUACUAUCUGCUGGGAGUGAGCGCUCUGAUCGGGGCGACUGUUAUCGUGGCGUUGGCUCCGCUGCAGUACUUCGUAGCCACUCGGCUCUCACGCGCGCAGAAGAGCACUCUGGAAUACACCAGUGAGAGACUGAAGAAAACCAACGAGCUUCUGAGGGGGAUCAAGCUCCUGAAGCUCUACGCGUGGGAACACAUCUUCAGAUCCAGCGUUGAGGAAACACGCAGACAAGAGCUGAGCAACCUCCGGACGUUUGCUCUCUACACGUCCCUCUCCAUCUUCAUGAAUGCCGCCAUCCCGAUCGCUGCUGUUCUCACAAUCUUUGCGGUGCACGUGCGAGUUCACAGUGUCUCCGACUCGGAUCUGUCUCCCGCUGUGGCCUUCGGGUCCCUGUCGCUCUUCCAUAUACUGGUGACGCCGCUGUUCCUGCUCUCCAGUGUCCUGCACUCCACAGUUAAAGCCCUCGUCAGUGUGCAGAAACUGAGUGAAUUUCUUGGCAGUGCAGAGAUCGAAACUGACCAGGAUCCCAUCGCCCAAAGUCCAGCGAACAACAACGGCAACAUUAAGUCUGUCUAUGCAUUACAGCUCCAGGCCAAACUAGUGAAUCGUAAGAAUAAAUCCAAACAAGACGUGAACAGGAACUUUGAGCAUCAAGACCAGAAACUGACAGAAUCAGCGGCUCCGGAGGACGAAGUGUGUAUUAAGAUUAUAAACGGCUACUUCACAUGGACACAGGGAUGCCCGACUCUCACCAAUAUUGACAUCAAGGUUCCCUUCGGGCAGCUGACGAUGAUCGUAGGGCAGGUGGGAUGUGGGAAAUCCUCUCUCUUACUGGCGGCACUGGGAGAAAUGCAGAAGAUUUCUGGAAACAUCACAUGGAACAGUUUACCCAAGAGUGAUUCAGAAGAAAAUGCGAGAGCUCAUCAUACGAGUGGAAGGCCGUCACUGCCGAAGAGAGGUUCGGUAGCCUACGCUUCCCAGAGGCCGUGGCUCUUAAACGCCACCGUUGAGGAGAACAUCUUGUUCGACAUGGCUCCCAAUGAGAAGAGAUAUAAGGAGGUGAUGGAGGUCUGUCAGCUUCAGCCAGACGUCGACACACUUCCACAGGGAGAUCAGACGAUGAUUGGAGAGAGGGGCAUCAUUCUCUCCGGAGGCCAGCGCCAGCGGAUCAGCGUGGCUCGAGCGCUGUACCAGCACACCAAUGUGGUUUUCCUGGACGACCCGUUUUCAGCUCUGGACAUUCACCUCAGUGACCAUCUCAUGCACGAGGGGAUCCUCAAGUUCCUCCGGCAGGAAAAGAGGACCGUUGUGCUGGUCACACACAAACUGCAGUAUUUACCUCAUGCAGACUGGAUCAUCGCGAUGCGGGACGGGACGGUCCAGACGCAGGGGACGCUGAGGGACAUCCAGGCCGCCGAACCCGAGCUGUUCGAGCAGUGGAGGACCCUGAUGAACCGGCAGAACAAAGAGAACAGCACCGAACUGAAGAGGAAGAGUUUCAGACGGGCCAUGUACUCCCGGGACACCCUGGCCACGGAGGACGAGGACGAAGCUGCUGAUGUCUCUGUCAGUGAACUGAAAGACAGCUCAGCCAGCACAGAUGAGGAGAGCCUCAGGGCGGAGCUGCGUCACAGGACCCACAUCCCCUGGAGCUCGUUGUUCUCGUACCUGAGAUCUGCAGGCCUCGUCCUCCUCGCGCUGCUCGUGUUCUCUCAGCUCUGCAAACACACACUCAUGGUGGCCAUCGACUUCUGGCUCGCUCACUGGACCACACACGUCAUCGCAGCGCAGAUCGAGACCAGCGAGAGGAACUGCAGCGACACUGGGGAGUGUGUGUUCCAGCACUCGCUGUACCUGCAGGUGUUCAGUGUGUUGUGUGUUCUGGGGAUCGUCCUGUGUCUCGUCACGUCUCUGGCGGUCGAGUGGACGGGUUUACGAGUGUCCAGAGAGCUUCACUGCAGCCUCCUCCGCAUCAUAGUUCUCGCGCCCAUGAGGCUGUUCGAGACAACGCCACUGGGGAACAUCCUGAACCGGUUCUCCACUGAUACCAACACAAUCGAUCAGCAUAUCCCGGUGACGAUGGAGUGUUUGAUCCGCUCGACGCUGCUGUGUGUGUCAGCGGUGGGCGUCAUCUCGUACGUCACGCCGGUGUUCCUCAUCGCGCUGCUGCCGCUGGCCGUCGCCUGCUACUUCAUACAGAAGUAUUUCAGAGUCGCUUCCAGAGACCUGCAGCAGUUGGAGGACAGCACUGAGAUGCCGCUUCUGUCCCAUUUCUCUCAGACCGUAGAGGGGCUCACGACCAUUAGAGCGUUCAGGCACGAGCAGAAGUUUAAGAAGAAGCUGCUGGAACACACCGAUGCGAAUAACAUCUCCUCGCUCUUCCUGACGGCGGCCAAUCGCUGGCUGGAGGUCCGCAUGGAAUACGUCGGGGCGUUUGUGGUCCUGAUCGCGGCCGUCGCCUCUAUAACCAGUGCGUUAUACAGCCAGCUCUCGGCCGGACUGGUGGGACUGGGACUGACCUACGCAUUAAUGGUGUCGAACUACCUGAACUGGAUCGUGCGUAACCUGGCUGAUAUGGAGGUUCAGUUGGGGUGUGUGAAGAGAGUCAGCGCUCUGAUACACACCGAGGCUGAGAACUACGACGGACUCAUGACUCCGGCUCAGGUUCCUGCAGGAUGGCCGAAGUACGGAGAGAUCCAGAUCCAGAACCUGAGCGUUCGCUACGACACCAGCCUGAGACCGGUUCUGAGACACGUCAACGCUCACAUCAAACCUGGACAGAAGGUGGGGAUCUGCGGAAGGACAGGGAGUGGGAAGUCGUCGUUCUCUCUGGCUCUCUUCAGAAUGGUGGACUCGUUCGAGGGGCAAAUUAUCAUUGAUGGGAUUGAUAUCGCCAAGCUUCCCCUGCAAACGCUCCGAUCAAAGUUCUCCAUUAUCCUGCAGGAUCCCAUUUUAUUCAGUGGAACAAUUCGGUUUAAUCUGGAUCCGGAGAGAAAGGCCACAGAUGAAAUGCUCUGGGAAGCUCUUGAGAUCGCUCAGCUCAUGCCAGUGGUUAAAGCUUUACCCGGAGGACUGGACGCGGUGGUGACGGAGGGCGGUGAGAACUUCAGUCAGGGUCAGCGUCAGCUCUUCUGUCUCGCUCGGGCCUUCGUGAGGAAGACCAGCAUCCUCAUCAUGGAUGAAGCCACAGCAUCCAUCGACAUGGCCACAGAGAGUAUUCUGCAGAAAGUGGUGAUGACGGCGUUCGCGGACCGAACAGUGGUGACCAUCGCACACCGCGUUCACACUAUCCUGGGCUCAGACGCGGUGAUCGUGAUGAAGCGCGGCGGGAUCGUGGAGUACGAUGAGCCUGAUGUGCUUCUGGAGCAGAAGGACAGCGUUUUCUCCGCGUUCGUAAGAGCCGACAAAUAAAGAUCCAUCAUGGAGAAAGUGGAUCUUUAUGGCUGGAUAUGGUUUCUAUUCCUUUCUUGUAAAGUAAUAAAAUGCUGAAUUGCACAAUAAUCUGCAUAUUGGUUGAUUGAACUAAACUAUCUGAAAUAAAAAUGUGCUGUAUGUGUUUU